UGCUGGAGGCGCGCGCGCACGGUCUCACACGCGAGCAUCCCGGGGUAUUUAAGGCUCGCACACGGGAGGCUGCGGAGCUACUUCUGGGGCCUCGCGGCUCGCGAUUGCCGCUUGGGUCAUUUGGUUCUCCUCUCUCCUCUAUCCCUCUGGCCACCCCGCGGGGGCCGCGCUCUCGCCGCGUCUCUCUGCAUUUCUUUUCCCUUUUGGCCUUGAACUGAUCCAGGUGGGAGACAGGUCGGCGUGUGAAAAGCCCCGGAAUAGGUAGAGCUAGGCAGACAGACGCAACAGGUCGGAGCAGGGAGAGGGGCCGGCGGACCCUGCGCCUCCGCGCGGGGGACCACUAAGGAGGUGUCGGAUCUUGAGGGGUCAGAAGGACUGCCCUGGUGGGCUGCAUUUCAGCUGUGACCCCCCGGCGCCACACAGCCCUCGGCCAGAGAGGGGGCUUUUCACUCUCAGCUGGAAGGGGAGAAAGAAUCAGGAUGGUCCACGCCUGCUGCUGAUCUGGACGCCGAGCCAAGCUCAGGUCUACCUCCGAGCCGGGGCUCCGACUCCACCAACUAGUUGUGCAGCCGCAGGGACUGAACUUUGAAGGCACCGGCCCUUCCUCUCCUUCUAAGAUAAUUGGAGGAGGUAGAGGGGCUGAAGGCGUAAGGGAGGCCGGCGACCCCGCCACGAUGUUGGUGAAGAAGCUUGCAGGGAAAGGAGGGGGACGAGAGCCUGGAUCAGAAGAUCCGUGCCCCUUGGGACAGCGUUGUGCCGGCUCCAUGGCCUCGUGUGCGGCCCUGGCGACCCUCCUGUCAGUGGUGGCUGUGGUUUUUUGCUUGUAUCUUGGGGUGAAAACCAACGACCUCCAGGCGAGGAUUGCUGCUCUUGAAUCUGCUAAAGGAACCCCUUCCUUUCGCCCGCUGCCUGACACCCUCGAUGAGCUGAAGGCUAUGGUUCAGGAGAAAGUGGAGCGUCUCUUGGCACAGAAAUCCUAUGAACAUAUGGCUAAAAUAAGAAUCGCAAGAGAGGCACCUUCAGAGUGCAACUGCCCGGCAGGUCCUCCGGGGAAACGAGGGAAGAGGGGCCGAAGAGGAGAGUCUGGUCCUCCUGGUCAACCUGGUCCCCAGGGCCCCCCUGGUCCAAAAGGUGAUAAGGGAGAACAAGGUGAUCAGGGGCCUCGGAUGGUGUUUCCUAAAAUCAAUCAUGGCUUUCUCUCUGCUGAUCAGCAGCUCAUUAAACGCCGGCUGAUUAAGGGUGACCAAGGACAGGCAGGGCCUCCAGGACCCCCAGGCCCUCCUGGUCCAAGAGGCCCACCUGGGGACACAGGGAAGGAUGGCCCCCGAGGAAUGCCAGGAGUACCCGGUGAACCAGGGAAACCAGGAGAACAAGGCUUGAUGGGACCUCUGGGCCCUCCAGGACAAAAGGGUUCCAUUGGAGCACCUGGGACCCCAGGCACGAAUGGGCAAAAGGGUGAGCCUGGAUCACCUGGAGCGGCAGGGCAAAGUGGACUCCCGGGACCAAAGGGCGAGCCUGGAAAAGAAGGAGAAAAGGGAGAUGCUGGAGAAAAUGGCCCCAAAGGUGACGCAGGUGAAAAGGGUGACCCUGGAUCAUCUGCUGCAGGAAUUAAGGGAGAACCUGGAGAAUCUGGUCGUCCAGGACAAAAGGGUGAGCCAGGGCUGCCUGGACUGCCUGGACUCCCGGGGAUCAAGGGAGAACCAGGCUUCAUUGGUCCUCAAGGAGAGCCCGGCUUACCAGGGUUACCAGGAACAAAAGGUGAACGUGGAGAAGCAGGGCCUCCUGGGAGAGGUGAACGAGGGGAUCCUGGAGCCCCAGGCCCAAAGGGGAAACAAGGUGAAUCAGGAGCUAGAGGCCCAAAGGGGUCAAAGGGUGAUCAUGGAGAUAAAGGAGACUCUGGAGCUCUGGGACCACGGGGUCCACCUGGGCAGAAGGGAGAUCCAGGAGCUACUGAGAUCAUAGACUACAAUGGCAACCUCCACGAGGCCUUACAGAGGAUCACCACCUUAACCGUCACGGGCCCCCCUGGACCUCCUGGACCUCAAGGACUACAAGGGCCAAAGGGUGAGCAAGGAUCUCCAGGAAUUCCCGGAGUUGAUGGAGAACAGGGACUCAAAGGCUCCAAGGGAGAUGUGGGGGACCCAGGGAUGCCAGGUGAAAAAGGAGGAAUUGGCCUUCCUGGACUCCCGGGUGCCAAUGGAGUAAAAGGAGAGAAAGGAGACUCUGGGUUGCCAGGUCCUCAGGGUCCUUCUAUCAUAGGCCCACCAGGCCCUCCAGGUCCCCAUGGCCCGCCUGGCCCCAUGGGACCCCAUGGACUUCCUGGACCAAAGGGUGAACCAGGGUUAAAUGGUGUUAAAGGAUUGAAGGGUGAACCAGGCCAAAAGGGUGACAGAGGACCCCUUGGUCUUCCAGGAGCAUCUGGCUUAGACGGGAAGCCAGGAUCCCGGGGUGCAGAUGGUCCUAUAGGACCCCAUGGCCCUGCAGGUCCCAAAGGAGAAAGAGGAGAAAAAGGAGCUGUGGGAGAGCCUGGACCCAGAGGGCCCUAUGGGCUGCCUGGCAAAGAUGGAGAGCCUGGUCUUGAUGGCUUCCCUGGUCCUCGAGGCGAGAAGGGUGACCUGGGAGAAAAGGGAGAAAAGGGGGAAAAGGGAAAGAAAGGAAAAAAGGGGCCCAAGGGGGAGAAAGGAGAACAGGGCGCCCCUGGAUUAGAUGCACCCUGCCCGUUGGGACCUGAUGGAUUACCCAUGCCUGGCUGCUGGCAAAAGUGAUGAAUCUAACCUUCCAAGCAUGAAGUUGUGUAUAUAACGGUCCACCGUUUAUAUUUAUAGUUGAAAAACUGAGUUGCAGAUUUUGCAAGUGUGGAAUCUGCUCCCCUGGCACUGCUUUCUCCCUGUUCACAGUAGUGCAGACGUCCAUCUUUUCUCACAUCUGAGGUUAGGCAGUUUACAGAAGGAAAUAUAGACCGGUGUCUCUAUUUUAUGUGAACAUAUGUAUUUAUAUGGACAUCAGUGAUAAAGGAACGAUCGCUCUCGCUAUUUUCUUAUUCGGGGCCUGUUAAUUGCAUGGACAAAGAGUGCCAUGGAAUAGUUUACAUGAAACUGUGACCAAAUACGGACUCAAAGCGAUGAACACGUAGCGCACAUUCCCAGUAGCAUUCAUUCAUUCACGCCCACACCACCUACUGAAACUGACUAAAAACAGCAUGACCGUGUGCCAGCCCUGCCUGUAUAAACGCAGAUGCUUGCAUGCUGCCUCCUGAGUUCUUUGACGACAUCUGAGCUUUUGUCCCUUUGUCAUCCCAAGGGGGUUACACCGUGGCUAAUCGCCAAAAAGAGAUAAGUUGAUGGAGAGCACCCACACAGUUGGUCUUAUAUUUUGAGGGAGUUGCAGUCCCGACUGCAGAUCCACAGCUCCUAAUAAAGCGGGCUCCUGUGACCGCCUUGGUUGAAAUACCAAAGGGUGGAGCCGAUGACUACCGCUCGUUUUCCUUGGGCUGCGCUUGGCAGUGAAGACCGGAAGAGGACCGGUUCUACAUCCUGCCCUGUCUUUCGUGUGACCAAGUUGGAAGGAGGUUUAUAACCACGAACACCCAGAACAGCAGAAAUUGUUUUUCUAGAUGAACUGACUUCCCACAGGUGUUGAUCUCGGUGCUUUGGGGAAAUGUCAGAGGUAAUGCAGCAGUGUUCUGGAGACUGCGGAGCCUUGGAAUGGAAGUCCCCAUUUGUGCAGAUUGAAAGGUGCGGACAUCCCAUCAGAGCUCAGGUUGCUGAAGAGAGACCGUGUCCCAAGAAGGGAUCAGACAGAAUAAGUUGUGCUGCAGAUGCUGGGGAGUUCCUGGUGCUCACUCUACCAAAGGUGGCCAGAAAGCAUCCCUCUCUCCCUCCCUUCUGGGGUUGACCCAUACCAAAUGUUUUUCUACAAGAUCUAGAAACAAGAUGUAGUUUCCAUUCUUUCUCAUACUUUUUCUUUUCCUAGUACAGGAACAGAAAAUAUUUGCUUCAGUUUGGGUCUCAUAGUUUUUAAAGAACAUUUUUUAAGAAAAGUUUUCAAAUCGUAGUAAUUUGAAUCCAAUAGUAAAAAUAACCUUUUAACAUCUCCUUUUUGUUUGUUUGUUUGUUUGUUUGAGAUAAUUGAAGAGAUUAUAGGGAGGCUUCAUUUUUUACUUAAUCAUUAUAAAGUAUGAAGAUUAAGCAUUUUUUCACUACUUUUUGAUUUACAUUGACAAAAUUUACCUGUCAGUUAUUGUAAGAGUCAGGAUUUUAUCACAUUUAAUAGCAUGAACUUGCUUCUUGUAAGUUUUUUCUGUAUUGAAGUUUAUUUCUCAAGUUUUGUUUUUACAUUUCUAAGUGUUUGUCUUAUACACAGACCAAAUUUGAGAUCUCAGAAAGCCCUGAAAUAUAGUUGCUAGAAAAAGGGUCUUGCUUUUACCAACUUGCUCAAAACCUACCUACGCAGACUUAGACUUGCUCUUUGCCGAGUCUGUGGCGUGUUUUGAAAUGACUUAUUCUAAGUGGAAGGGUUUCCUGGGAAGAGCACCAUCCGUGGGAGUAGUGAUCGUAGCAGCUCCUUAGAGAAUUUCAUUUCCCUCAGUGAUUAAAUGUCAUUUUUGUGGGAACAUUUCUAGUUUGGUGUUUGGAUUUUCAACCCCACAGGGAAAAUUAGUUCCUGCUUAGGAUUACAACAAUGAAGAUACCAUUUCAAAACAGACCUUAAGAUGUCUUUCAUAGCAUGUAAGCAAAUGCUCAAUCAUACAAAAUGAUGUCAUCUUUUUUCUUUAUGUCAUUUCUGAGGUUAGAAUUUAAAUGUUAAGUCAGACUAUCUGGUAACAUUUCUAAUAACAUUCCACACUCCUAAGCCUAUUGAGCAUUUUUUUUUUUUUUGGUGGAGAAUAUCUUCUAACAAGUUCUUGUAUGAUGUGGUUAGGGUAAGGUAUUUCUCAAUAUAUGAAACAAUUCGUCUUAAAUCAUUUGGGGCACAAAAAUGAGCCCAAGAUUACACAUUAUUUUCAGGAAUAAGACAAAGCAACUAUAGACAAUCUGGUGACUAUAUUUCCUCCUACCUUCGUUUCUGUUUCUCCAUUAGAAGGAGAUAUUGAGAGGGAUUCAAAUGAGACUAGCUCACAACAAAGACAGCAUUGGACAUACCCUGGAAAGGACACUGCCCGGACUGUGUGUGCACUGGGGUGUUGCUCAUAAGACACAUUUAAAGGACGUGUAAGCUUCUAUUUCGUGUACUUCCUUGGAACAGACAGCGGGACACCGAGAGUCCUCUGCACUCCGUGGAUUGCUAGGUUAACCACCAUAGGUUAACCUGAAACUUUGGACUAUUUGAAACAUCUUUAUCAUUUAUUAUGUCAUCAAACUGAAUAAUUUCCAAAGGAAUCAAUAAUGGAUUAUCAUUGUUGAUACAUAUAUUUAUAGAUAGCAUUCUUUUUCAUAAAGAGUUCUUUAGUAGAAUUAAGAAGAAUUAAGGUAUGGAACACCCACUGGAAAUAGUUCAAGGUCAGGUUUUACCGCAGAGACAACAGAUGUCUCUGAGAUGCCAUUGUUAUGUUGUCAAUUUACAUUGUUCUCCAUUAACGUUGUUUGCUGCUGGUCAUCGCCUUCCUUUUUAUCUUUAUGGAUAGUGGACCUCUACUGUGGGCAAUUUCAUUUCUCUGUUUAAUGGCAUUCCUAAGCUGUUAGUGUAUGAUUUUAUUUUGAAGUUCAUGAAUCCGUUGUAAAUACAGUUCAAUAACUAGCCUUUCCUUGUGUAAAACAGCGUUAUGUGGUCCCCUUAUUCUGUAUUCAUUUUAUAUACCAUAUACCUUUAUCAGUCUCCAUUUACCUUCUCUUUUGAGGUCACUCACCUUCCAGCUUGCAUACUGUAAGCUUGACACAACCAGUGUUAGAGAAAUCUGCGCAUGCCAUGCGGGGUGCCUGGUUAACUAUGCCUGACUCCCUCCCCUGGCUUUCCUUCUCCAUUAUCAACUGCAGCCUUGGAGGGUUUUCCACCUUUAUCCUGUUAUUUUACGGAGAAUAUUGGAAUGUCUCUCACUCCUACCAAUAGGAAGUUCUUGGUUUGGGCUUUCCACUCUGUGCAUAUGAUGUGUUAGUGGGGCAGUUUACAUACAUGCACUUUGUGUGUGUAUCUGCCAGCUUAAGGAAAUGGUCAGAUCACCAUUCUGUACCUACGGGGAAAUUGUCCUUGGUUUUUUUGGCACUUAUGAAAUGUGCCUAAUUUCCAAGUAUUUAACACAAAAAAUAACAUUUUAAUCCCUCUCCCACUGCAUUUGUCUGGUAGUUCAGCGUCUUCUCGAAAGAGGUCAUGAGAAACUUGGACGCAGACAUCUGAAACCUCCAUUUCCUUCCUUUCUUGAUAUUCAGGUUAUUUUCGUGUUUAAUGCUACCAAAAACAUAGAAUUUAAUCAUUUUUACCAAAAAAAAAAAUCCCUGUUAUCUUAAGGUUCACUGGAGCCUUAUCAUUCCAAAAAUGCUAAAAAUGACCAGCUGUGAUACUGGUGAUUGACAGGUCUGACCAGUUAUAAAUCUGCCAAGCUGUGUUAGGAUAUAAAGGCCCUCCACCCUCCUUCUGUCCUCUUUGCACAUCUGCUCGCUCAGAGACACUCCUCUAACGUAGAUUGCUCAUGAAUUUAUUUAGGGUUUUUGUUACUUCUAUGGUAACAAACAUUUUAAUGGCUUCUUUUUUCACCAAAAUACAUUUACAUGUAUAGAUUGCCUGCUCUGCUUAUGGGCAGGACGUUUUGGAGACAGGAGGAUGGACCUUGUUAUGCUUGAUUUCUUGACAACAAAGAAAACACCAACAUUUCUCCAAAUAAAUCCUAUUCUCACCUAUCACAGAAAUACUAAUAAGUCGGGUUCACAAAGAACGUCUCAGGUGCUGUUGGCAUUUGCGUGGAUGUUCUUCAUAGUGUUGUAAAUGUUUCAUUAAGGUGGACAUUUUAAAAAGAUGUAUGUGAUUUACCUUUGGGAAAUAUUAUAUUUUUAUUUGUAUUUUUUACAUUUGAAAGUUCAUCUCUAUGUGCAGCUAUUUUUAUAUUGCCAAAAACUCACAUAAAUGCAUAGUGAGAGGGAAAUGGAAAAAACGGCACGCACUGCCUUGUGGGUCUUUUAUUUUUUUUAAUGUUCCAUGGGCUAAGCCACAUGUACUUGGUUAUUCUAAUAAUGUGUUGUAUCUUUCCACUGUGUAUAUGGUGCCAACCUGAUCGUCUCAGCAGUGUAAAUAUUUAAAAGAUUGGACUUUCCUGUUUGAUUUCUUAUUUGAAUUGUCGUUUUUUUCCAACUGCCAUUAUUGACUCAAAGGCCUGUGAAGGUUCUGAUUUGCAAUUUGGAGAUAAUUGCUUUGGGUUCAUUUUCUAAUUUGUUUCUAAUUUACUUUUAAAACUUGUUUUCAGGGUUCCUAGUUUGUGAGAAGUUGAUCUUCGGAAUUAUUUUUACACUAUUUAUGACUUAUUUUCAUAAUGUAAAAAGUGUGUAAUUAUUACAAUAUUAACCCAAACAAUGAUAAUGAGUUGUAUUGUUAUAAAGUUUUAAUGAUAUUCCUGAAAA